AACCAUUACGUACUUACCUUUUCCUUCAGAUUCAGAGGUACACACAGACAACAGGCUACAAGGCCAUCCACCUGACGUCGGCCUCCGAUAUCGACAGAUUGACCGACCGAGCGAUCAAGAUUGUGUACAUCAGCCCAGAAAUAGCAGUGGGCGAGGGCACUGCACUGUUUAAGACAGAGAGGCCAGUAUGUGCCCUUGUUGUUGAUGAGGCACACUGCAUACCUGAAUGGGGUAAAGACUUCAGGACAGCCUUCCAGCGCAUUGGGGAUCUGCGUGCCCACAUAACUACAACACGGGUGAUGGCAUUGACAGCAUCUGCCACACCUGAAGCUGUGACAGCCAUCAUAGAUUCACUCAGCAUGAAAAAUGUUUUGCAAAUAAAGGGCGACUUGGACAGAAGCAACAUCUUCCUAGUAUCCAAGAAGAAGAAUACUUUGCAGAAGGACUUUUUGGGGCUGACCCAAGCCCUACAAAGAGCAACCAUCGACGACUUUGAAAAACACCUUGUGUACGUGCCCAUCAAGAACCAAGUGAUGGAGGUGUGGCGGAUGCUGCGCCGCCACGCAUCACCAGCCCUGAGGGAUGCCAUCUCCUACUUUCAUUCGAGCAUGAGUAGUAGCAUGAAGGGGAAGGUGCUGGCUGCCUACAAGGCAGGCACCAUAAAAGUGCUGGUGGCAACAGUGGCCUUUGGAAUGGUAGGUGAACCUUCAGCAAUCUGUCUGUAUAAAUGACAAUUGAAAAGUAUAUAGACAUGC